AUGACCUAUUUGUUCUUUCCUUUAGGCACAAUGGCCACAGUAGCCCAGAAGCACUUUUUGGAAGGGCAGCCAUACUCAGUGCCCCUGAUCCAGCCAGACCUACGCAGAGAGGAGGCUGUGCAGCAGGUGGCAGAUGCACUUCAGUAUCUGCAGAAGGUGUCAGGUGAUAUCUUCAACAGGAUCUCUCAGCGGGUGGAGGCCAGCCGGGCACAGCUCCAGGCCAUUGGGGAGAGAGUCACACUCGCCCAGGCGAAGAUUGAGAAGAUAAAGGGCAGCAAGAAGGCUAUUAAGGUAUUUUCCAGUGCCAAGUACCCAGCCCCUGAACGGCUGCAGGAGUAUAGUUCAAUUUUUGCUGGUGCAGAAGACCCAGCUAAACAGAAAUGGCCAAGACACAAGAUUCAGAGCAAACACCGAAUGCUGGAUGAAAAAGCUCUGCAGGAAAAGCUCAAGUAUUUCCCUGUGUGCGUGAGCACCAAAAUUCACCAGGAGGAUGAUGCAGAAGAAGGCCUUGGCAGCCUUCCCAGGAACAUCAGCUCCCUCAGCUCCCUGCUACUCUUCAAUACCACUGAGAACCUGUACAAGAAGUAUGUGUUCCUGGAUCCUCUGGCUGGAGCAGUGACCAAGACCCACGUGGCUCUGGAAACAGAGACAGAAGAGAAGCUCUUUGAUGCACCUCUCUCCAUCACCAAAAGGGGACAGCUGGACCGACAGGUUGCUGAAAAUUAUUUCUACGUGCCAGAUCUGGGCCAGGUCCCUGAGAUUGAUGUGCCCUCCUACCUGCCAGACCUACCUGGCAUUGCUGCAGAUCUCAUGUACAGCGCCGACCUGGGCCCUGGCAUUGCACCCUCUGCCCCCAGCAGUGCUAUUCCAGAGCUGCCCACUUUCAACACCGAGUCAGUGGAGCCUUUGCAACCAGAUCUUCAAGGUGCUGAGCUAUUGCCACCUCCUCCCCCUCCACCUCCUCCACCGCCUCCUGUUAUGCCAACCCCGGUGCCUCCUCCACCGCCUCUGCCCCAGCCCACAGCACCCUCGGAACCGGCUCGGACAGUGAGCGAGGAGAGCAGCAACACAGUGCCUGCAGCUUCAGUCCAGGGAGCCCCAAAGGAGGUGGUGAACCCCUCUACUGGGCGUGCCAGUCUGCUGGAGUCCAUCCGCCAGGCCGGGGGCAUUGGGAAGGCCAACCUUCGCAGUGUCAAGGAGAGGAAGCUGGAGAAAAAGAAGCAGAAGGAACAAGAACAAGUGAGAGUUACGGGACAAGGUGGAGAUUUGAUGUCAGACCUCUUCAACAAGCUGGUGCUGAGGCGCAAAGGUAUUUCAGGGAAAGGACCAGGAGCCUCUGGGAACACGGAUGCUCCUGGCAGUCCUGCUGGUGCCUUUGCUCGCAUGUCGGACUCAAUACCACCCCUCCCACCCCCACAGCAGCCUGUAGGUGAGGAGGAUGAGGAUGACUGGGAGUCAUAGAUGAGAUCUAUUCAGUAUUAGUGUGAAACUGUUGCCGUCUGAAAAAUUUCCAUGAAGUUGAAGGAAGCAGGUCCUUAAUGUCGUCACUUUGGUAAAAGUGGGAAGUGUCAUCAAUUAAGAGUGUGUAAAGGGAGAGCCCAGCUGUCCAGCCAUACAGCCCAGCACCACUAGCCACAGGCUGGAGGGCACCAGCUGCUAGAAGCAGGUGCUCCCCUCCCUGAAUGCAGAGCUUGUGCAGACAAUGGGGUUUGGACCUACUCAAGGGGCAGAUGACUCACAAUGGAAGUUUCUCAGAGGCAGCUGUUUCUUUCCCUGUGGGGCUAAUUAACAUACAGGGAGCAGGUAACAAACAGCUCUGUGCCAUAAGUACUUUCUUCCAUGUGAAGAGCCUGGAGGGGUAGCAUCCAACUGCUGAAACUGGAAAAGAAGCAAACAAAGCUCCUGGGAUGAGACUUGCUCAGGAUGACAAGAGGUACCUUGGAACAGCUGAGAGGUUAUAUGGCUGUCCCUGGUGUUAUUGCUGCCCUCCAGCACUGAUCCAUAACCCUGGAAAGAACCCCAGGAAAAUUAAACUUUAAAAGUUACUUUGAAUUCAUAAACAUAAGGGUUAAAAAGAGCAGAGCAAUCCUGUGCUUAAGCAUGGUUGAAGGAGAAGUGCUGUAUUGUGGCCGUAUCUUUAUUCCCCUUGAAAGAAUGAACUGCUUCAAUCUAUUGACCACUUGAAGCAAGGCAGAAAAAGGGUCAGGAGAAAUGUUACCCACAGCUGCUCCACUACCACUCUGUGUUACUCCAGCAUGACAUAAAUGAGUGGCCUGCAAGUUUACAAUUCCUGUGAAAAGCUCAAUGAUGGCAUUGGUCAGUCAGGCCUCCUACACUUGGUGGUUGAUGGGAAAAAACCACGUGUUCAG